AUGGCCGCCACCGACCAAGACACAGCAACAAACAGCUCAAGUUCAUCCGAGAGCAUCCUGGACACGACGACAACCGAGCCUGACACCACUCGACGUAUCUUGGCGGAGCUUCAGAGCGCAUUCGAUGCUUUAAAGCGGGUUGUAGAACCAGAGGUAGCGCCAGACCAAGAGCAGCCGGAACCAGAUCCUCAGGGGAGCAUCAUGCUCGCAUCCCUUGGAAUUGAGAUCGCUUACAGGAAGAAAGAGGCGAUUCAACUCGAGCGAGAUACGGUGGCCAAGCAGCGGAAAGCUGGUGCAAAAGAUAGGGACGCUGAUGAAAUAGUCCAAAGUCAGAACCAGCGUUACUUUUCUGCGGGAAGCGACCUGUGGAGGCAUCAAACGAGCAAGAUGCGAUUUGGAGGCCCUUCACAACUUGACGAGCUUGACAAAUGGAAAAGCCAGUUUCCGAGAAAAGCCAAAUCAAGAUGGCGUCCAUGGAAAGGUCGCGAUUCGAGAUGGCGUCGAGACGCUUUGGCCUACUACAAAGGCAACUAUGGCGACCACCACGACGAGAGCCACGAAGACGCCCCUCAUAAUGCAACUUGGUGCCAUAUAACCGGCAGUUGGCAUUCAUCAGAUUUUCAUAGAGCCGCACACAUCGUACCCCCUUUUCUCGACGACCACGGCUUUGUUGUCCCCGUCGAUGCUAAGGAAACUCCCAUUACACAAUGGCGCGCAGAGAUCGUUUCGCCUUAUUUACAGAAGGAUAAAUUAGUCCCAGGCUUAUAUGGCAAGGACAUACAUGGGAAGGAGCUAGUGUUUCUCAACGAGAACCGCCCAGUCCCACGCUUUCUCUAUUUCCAUUUCAUUAUGGCGCUCAUUCGCAUCAAAGAUAUUCAACGUCUUGGAUGGGAGGCUGUCUGGGCCCGGUAUCACGAGCAACGCCCUUUCCCAACACCAAGCAAGUACAUGCGAGAGAGCAUGUUGCUUUCCCUGGCUACUCAUUUCGGAACCACCCACAUGCAUGUUGUGGAGACUUGGAUCGUGGAUUACGGUUUUGAGUCACCUUUGAAACUGACCGAGGACGAAUCUGUAGAAGCAGCCCGCCGGGUGCAUAUGGCGGUAGUAGAAAGAGCUGAACGUGCAAACAGGCUGGGGAUGUACGAGGAUAGCGACGAUAGCGACGAUGAGAGUGAUUUGGACAGUGAGGAGGAAUAA